GCGGCCGCUUCGCCUUGUUUUGCGCGCGGAUGGAAGUGAGCUGCAGCGUCGCGGGGAGGAACGGCGGCGGAGGCGGCUCCACCAUCGGAGGCAACAGCAGCGGCGGCGCCGGCGGCCAAACGCCGGCCACGCCGGCCAGCCUCGCGUCCUCCUCUUCUUCCUCCUCCUCCUCCGCCGCCGCCGCCACGGGGCUCCUGAUGGACGGCGAGAGUCCCUGCGUGGAGGACUACGAGUGCCUGCCCACCAACGCCUCCCUCUACACGCACAUGACCGCCGGGGCGGUGGCCGGCAUCCUGGAGCACACGGUCAUGUACCCCGUGGACUCCGUCAAGACUCGGAUGCAGAGUUUGCAACCUGACCCCAAAGCUCAGUACCGGAGCGUCUUUGAGGCCUUGAGGAAGAUCAUCCGCACGGAAGGCCUCUGGAGGCCGCUGCGUGGAAUUAACGUCACCGUCUUUGGCGCCGGCCCAGCCCAUGCCUUGUAUUUUGCCUGCUAUGAAAAAAUGAAACGCACUUUAAGUGACAUUAUUCAACCUGGAGGCAACAGCCACCUGGCCAACGGCAUGGCUGGGAGUAUGGCUACCCUUCUUCACGACGGUGUCAUGAAUCCAGCAGAAGUGGUGAAGCAGCGCAUGCAGAUGUACAAUUCUCCACACAAGACAGUCAUGGAGUGCAUCCGGACAGUGCAUCGGACUGAAGGCUUGGGGGCCUUUUACCGUAGCUACACCACCCAGCUCACCAUGAACAUCCCUUUCCAAGCCAUCCAUUUCAUCACCUACGAGUUCAUGCAGGAGCAGAUGAACCCCCAGCGACAAUACAACCCUCGCUCGCACAUCAUUUCGGGCGCCGUGGCAGGCGCCGUGGCAGCAGCUGCCACCACCCCUUUAGACGUUUGCAAGACCUUGCUCAACACGCAGGAGAACCUGGUGUUGAGCUCUGUGAACAUUAGCGGGCACCUCUCUGGCAUGGCCAAUGCCUUUAGAACAGUCUAUCAACUGGGAGGGGUCACCGGGUAUUUUAAGGGGGUCCAAGCACGUGUGAUCUACCAGAUGCCUUCAACUGCCAUUGCCUGGUCUGUCUAUGAAUUUUUCAAGUACUUCCUUACCAAACGCCAGUUGAAGAAAGGAGCUCAUUGUUGAUGGAUCACCCGUAGCAAACUGCAGACCGAAUCUCUGAGAAAGCUGUUGGCCUCUUUCUCUCUCUCUCUCUCUCUCUUUGUGUGUGUAAACUUCACCAGGUUCUUUAUGGCCAUUUGUAAAGAGAGCUGGUGGAUCCCUGACUGGAUUACACGUGUGCGUGUGUUUGUGUGUGCGUGCACCGAAGGGUGCGGUUUGGAGAGGAAGGGGCUCGCGCUCUUCCCCAUUCUCCUCCUGCUUUUGCUAAAUCAAAAUGUUUAUUCUUUUAGACCCUGUAUUUAUAGUUUUCUAGAGUAUGGAUAAGUGUGAUGAGAUUUGUACAAGUUUGUACUUAUUUUUUCACUGGGAUGCUUGGGGGAGGGGGGGGGCUAACCUGGGGGAGGGUUGCGUAGGGGGAAGACAAAAUGCUUCUGCUUUGGGCAGCUUUUCCAAAAAAGGCAAUGCCUUCAAACCGAACAGAGACAUUACGUGAUGGAUAAAAUAGAUGGAUAAUAUUUAUCCUUUAUUUUUCUAUUAUUAUCUUUUUUAAGGAAAAAAAAAUCGUGCCAGGGUGACUGCUUUGUGAAUUUUAAAGGGCUUUACUGUUUUUGUUGUUCCAUUGUUAAGAAGAGUAUUUUCCUCCUAAACUAGUACAGCGCCGAGCACAUCUGGUUUGAUAUUAUACUGGCUGUUAAUGUUUUUUUCUUUUCCUUCCGAUGUACUUGAAGGGAUUUCAGGCACAAAAUACUUAGAUUAUGGCUCUUAGGAUCAAUGGACAGUCUCUUUGUGUAGGUGGGAUGCUGAAAUACACAAAAAAAGGAGCUUGGUUUUUUCGUGUGGCAAGAGCUACGGAUGUCACCUUGACUUUUGUCACUGUGUCUCUCUCUCUCUCACACACACACAAAAAAACCCCACCCUCCAGAUCUCUUGUUUCAGUCUCUCCCAAGGGGUUUAUGUUACAUUUUCCCUCCUCCUUAAGCAUGUCUGAACUGGGCUGCUUCUGAUAAUACCCAUUCAAAACUCUUUUUCUUUGGUCGCGCUUUAGCAGGUGUUAAACCUCUGAAGGUACUCCAAUGAAUUCCAUUUCAUUUUGGGAUUGCCGUUGUAGUCUUUAAUUUAGUUCUGCUUCUCACCAAAGCUCUUCUCCCCUUCGGCCUUCUCUCUACCCCCUUCAGCCAGGCGUACUAUUAUAUGCAAGUAUAUUGCACUUGUGCGUAAAUGAACACUCAACAAUUGUGCUCAGGAAUGGGGGCAUUAGGUUUACAUUUCUGCAAUAAAGCUUGCCUCAGAUUGCUUCUCCAAAGAAAUACUGACAGCCAUUCGCUGGUGUUCCGUUUUGGCACUGAAAACUCUUAGUGAAGGAAAGACUUCAAGUCGCAACUUAAGAAAAAGAGAAAUGAGGGUGAGACGGUGCAUCUGUGAGCAUCCCUUUUCGGGUACUUGAGCUGUUAAAAUGAAGACGACUAGAGUCAUUUUAGCACUUGGGACAAAUUUGGGUGCGCCACUGUGAAAACUUAAGAGUCCUAAAAGAAAGUUUCCCCACCCUUCUUAUCUAAAGAGUAUUGUGUGGAAACAGAUUGCAACUGGAAAUCAUGUCCUCAGUUUACUCGCCACACCUUGGAUUUUGCUAACUAAGGAAGUGGCCUCCAAAACUUUUAGGCACCUGGAAGAGAUUCUGUGGUGAGAGGUUUUUCCGUGAGGGGACGUGGUUUUGUGUCACAGAUGGGGCUUUGCUUGAUUGCGUGGCCCGGGCUUUGGCAUGCCGCAACCCAGUACCAGAUCCCUUUUCUAAGGUUUUUACAAAUAACCUGUCCUUGCACACACCAUGCAUUUAAUGGGAAUGCUGUCCAGCGUUAUCUAUCAUGAGUUGCUCAUCCCCUUUUGUGUAUAAGGGCAGAAACUUAGUCUUAAAGCUUGAAUUGUAAAUGUUGACUUCUUAGAUCAGGAUGCUUUCAGAAAACGUAGUUUCCCAGCCCUGAUGGAAAUGAAACAAAACAAUAACUCGAGAAAUAUUUCCUUGGUGACCUCAGGAAAUACUGCUUUCUUGCAGUAAAUAUUGUAAAGAUUGACAUCAAUAUUUUCCAAUUGGGCUUUUCCCCCCAACUGGGCCAGGAUUGCAGUGGAGAAUUCCCAGCCAGCCUUGAGAGGAAAAAAAGUUUGAAGGGGUAUGCCUUCAUAACCAGCUACAUUUUAUUCAAAAAAUAAAAUAAAUAGAGAAUUUACAAUGCCAACAGAUUGCUUUUAAGUCAUGACAUUAUAUUUGCAGGCUUUGGAAAGUUUUUUUUUAAAGCAGAACCAGGUUUAAAUCAGGUUUUUUUUUUAAAGUUGGUAAUUGUAAGAUGAGGGGACUUCAACUUCCAGAAGUGGAGUUGCUAAGUUUGAAGAAACACUGGUUUUAAAAUGUCAUUGUACUUAAGGACUGAGUUCCAGUUUGUUCAACAAAAAGAAAAAAAAAAUGGGUUGAAUUGCUGGCUGAUUCUUCUGAAGGCCAGAGUACAAAUAGCGUCUGUAACAAACCAGUGUUGUUAAAUUAGAACUGUUCUUCAAAAAGUCUAACUUUUUAAAGUCUAACUUUAAAACACAAACAAAUAAUGGGUGGAAGGUUUCUGGGACAAUACCCGUUUCCACUCCCUCCCUGUUGCUUUUUGGCCUUAGAAAUACUCCUCAAAUAAUGUACCCACCAAGAUUCUUACAAGGAGUUAUCUUCCUAGAAGGGGUCUGGAUUGAAGGAGAACAUAGAUGGUGACAUGUACGAGAGAAAAUAUGAAUUAGCGGUGGAAGGAACAGUGGAUAGUUAAGCUGCUCUCCAUGUGGGUGAGCCAUUUUUGACUUCUUCAAGGGUCUUCAACCUUGGCAACUUUAAGACUUGUGGACUUCAACUCCCACUGGGGAGUCCACAAGUCUUAAAGUUGCCAAGGUUGGAGUUCUUGUUAGUUGCAAAGUCGUGUCCGACCCACCGCGACCCCAUGGACAACAUUCCUCCAGGCCUUCCUAUCUUCUACCAUCUUCUGGAGUCCAUUUAAGCUUACACUGACUGCUUCAGUGACUCCAUCCAGCCACCUCAUUCUCUGUCGUGCUCUUCUUCUUUUGCCCUCAACCAUUCCCAGCAUUAGGCUCUUCUCCAGCGAGUCCUUCCUUCUCAUUAGGUGGCCAAAGUAUUUGAAUUUCAUCUUCAGGAUCUGGACUUCUAAAGUUCUAAACCUUUCUCAUCAUUGCCUAUCUUAUGGGGACAGAUUUAGCACCUUUGGCCUGCUCAGAAUGCAACCUGUUAAAACUUUUUCCCUCAGUAAGGAGGAACUGAUUUCGAAUCAAAUUCCUUGAAUGAGUUCCCUGAAUUAUUGUUUUUUUAAAAAAAAAAUGUGCUUAUAAGCUAAACCCGAAUGUGUUAGUGUUACCCUGAAGUAUGUUGGACUUGAAGUAUUUGCAGGGAAAAUUCACAACAAGGCCUCUGUGAAUUCUGAGUGGGUUGGUUAUUAUUAUUUUCUUUCUAACAACAGCAACCCCAAAAUGCAUAACUGAAUAACAACGCAGGCGGUCCUUGACUUACGUUUAUUUAGUGGCCGUUCAAAUUUAUAGCAGCACUGAAAAAUGUGACUUAUGUCCGUUUUUCACCCUCACGACUGUUGCAGCCUCCUCCUGGUCACAUGCUCAACAUUCAGGCGCUUGGCAACUGAUUCAUAUUUAUGACGGUUGCUGUGUCCUGGCAAGGCAAUGGCGAAGCAGCAACCGUGAUACUAUCUUAUCAACUCCCCUGAUUCACUUAUGGCAAGAAAGGCGGUAAAAAUGGGGCACUUAACAAAUGUCUUGCCUAACCACUGAAACUUUGGGCUGAGUUGUUGGUCGUAAGUCGAGGACUAUCUGUGGUUCUAAAAAAUGCCUAGAUCAGCGUUCUGAAUCCUCCUUUUCUGCUGUGUUGAGUCCCACUGUGUGCUGGGCUAGAAUUCCCUACUAAGAUACAACCUCUAAUAGCGGCUCCCACCAAAGAAAGGCCUUUUUAAACUUUAAAGAAUGAAGUGAGGCUCUGCAAAUGUGGAAGUACAUAUCCUGCUGCUUUUUGUAUGCUACAGACGCACAUUUUUAAAGUGAAUUUCUUUUUUUUUUUUUUUUGUGGAAAGCUGACAUUUGCUGUUUGAAAAUUGCUGCCUUAUACAUUUUUACCAAUGUAGACUUUUCCCCAGGAAUGUUUGUACGUGUAUAUAUACCGUCAUGCUUGUGCGUGUGUACACACAAACACACACUUAUACCCAGCCAUAAGAAACUAUGUUUUGAAAUGCUGCUACAGUUAAAACACUGGGGCUCAAGUAAUAAAAUAAAUGUGUUUGAUUUAUUAGAUCAAGAUCAUUUUUCCCCCCCAAAAAAAUGGCUGCUAAAAAUGCUCAUUGACUUAAAAUGUUUUUUGGGGGGCCAUUAUUGUGGCGGGUCUGGCUUUUCCUUUCUCCUUUGAACGGUGGCUGAUGAUUGCAUGUGUUUCCCCCAUUUAAUUUACAGAACCAGAAAGGAACGUUGAGGAUGGCUGAACAUACUAACAAGGGGAAAUAUUUGUAGCUCAGGGUUGGCAACAGGGGCCCUUGGUGAUCUCUGAGCUUGCUUAUUUCCUUGCGGACAUUUCAUUACCCAAACUAGAUAACACCAUCUAGAGUAGCAUUGAUGAUGUUACCUAGUUUGGCUAAUGAAAUGUCUGCAAGAAAACAAAUAAGCUCAGAGAGUACCAAGGACCCCUCAUGACUGAACAUACUUAGAGAGUAAGGAAGACGACCUUGACAAAGAUAGACAAAUGGAGCCUGUAUGUCUAUCCUCUUAUUUUUUCAUGUCGUUACCAGGGUUUAGUUCUCAGGUGGCACUGGUAGAUUAGAGAAAGACAGGAAGCACACGUUCCCUUUGACUUGGCGGAGAAUUUCAUAUUUUAUGGUAAGGGUGGGGAAUUUUAACAGUUUGAGGCUCACCGUUUGUAGGUAUAGUGGCCAAGACCCACUAUAACAAGGCACAGAGGAGAAUUUCAAGAUGUUCCAUUGUCUCUUGACCUUUUGGAAGAUCUCCAAAAGGUUAUUUGAUGGGCCUAUUGUAUUGUACUCGCAACAUUGGAUAUUUCUUGGCUUAGAAUGGCAAGAAGUUGUGUCAUCAAUGUUGAGCCAUCACAAUUAAAA